AACCAUGUCGCUGAGCCCAAAGCACACGACACCUUUCUCAGUGACAGAUAUUUUGAGCCCAAUUGAAGAGACGUACAAGAAGUUUAGUGGCAUGGAGAGCACGGGGAACCUCGCAUCUCCACUGGGAGCAUACCGGCAACCUCAGGUGUCCCAGACGGGCAUGCAGCAACACUCCAUGGGCCACAACGCCACAGUUGCUACCACCUACCACAUGCCUCACUCCGUCUCCCAGUUCUCGCACAGCGCUAUGGGGGGAUACUGCAAUGGCAGCAUUGCCAACAUGGGGGAUUUACCCUCUUACCAAGAAACUAUGAGAAACAGUGCAGCAGCAACAGGGUGGUACGGCGCCAACGCGGACCCAAGAUAUUCAACAAUUUCUAGAUUCAUGGGACCUUCCACAGGUAUGAAUAUGACAGGAAUGGGAACGCUGACCGGUAUGGCGGACGCUUCCAAAGCCAUGACGCCACUUCACGCUGCUCCAAGGAGGAAACGAAGGGUGCUCUUCUCUCAAGCACAAGUCUACGAGCUCGAACGGAGAUUUAAGCAGCAAAAAUACCUCUCCGCGCCAGAGAGAGAACACCUGGCUAGCAUGAUUCAUCUCACCCCCACGCAGGUCAAGAUCUGGUUCCAGAAUCAUCGCUAUAAGAUGAAGCGACAGGCCAAGGACAAAGCUGCGCAGCAGCUGCAACAAGAGGGCAGCCUGUGUCAACAGCAGCAGUCACCGAGGCGGGUAGCUGUCCCCGUCUUGGUUAAGGACGGAAAACCGUGCCAAAACGGUUCAAACACGCCGACGCCAAACCAGCAGCAAAUGCAACAGCAACAACACCAGCAACAGCAGAACGGUUCUGGGGUGGUGCUCACUGCUGCGAGUAACUCUAUAAGUCAACACCAGAAUCAGCAGGUCAAUGCACUGGUGCAGGCCCAAGACCUGGAAGAAAUGUCGCCUAGUCCUCCAUCACUUCACUCUUCACUGAACAACAUGGGACAGAUUGACGCUUCUGUAGACUACGCUAACAACAUGGUCACAUCAAACCUGCUUUAUGGCAGAACGUGGUAGGACUGGCCACAAUUUAAAUUUUAUACAAAAACGUACACUAACUCUAAACUAAACACGAGGCCAAAAGCAGACGAGACUUGACAUGUCUACUGAUAUGAGAAUGUGGAACGAAUGUACGGACAACACAAGGCUUCGAGGCAAGCCUGGUGCGCCACUAAUUCUUUUCGAGGGCAUGAUUUUUCUACAUUAGACACUUCUGCCAAUGAAGGACGUGGUGUCAUUUUUAGCCUUAUUCUGUGCGUUUUGGACUUCCCAUUAUUGUUGUAGUAGAAGGUUAUCUGUUGUUGAACAAGGUCGCUGCUCCUCGUCAAUGAUAAAGACAGCAAACGGGAUGCUAGGAUAUCAGGUAUGAACUAAAGAUCUACGUAUGAUCAUCGAGUGGCCAGAUCUUGCAACGAUCCUUCCGCAAUGAAUACCUGAACUUUUUAUGAUAUGACUAUUGU